ACUAACUAACUAACUGACUAACUAACUAACAUUGUCAUGUUGUACAAUUCUGCUUGUGCUACUUGCUGACUUAUAACACCGUUUUGGCCCAUUCAUGCUGAAUGAAAUGAGUACACUGAUCAGUCGUGCAGCUGUCCUCGCGCCGUGGUGAACAGGCAGUGACCUCACGGCGCCAUAUUAAAAUGCUGCCUCCUCAUUUGCCUGUGAGAUUGUAGCUUAGCAUAGCAGCUAGCCUCCAGUCUGCCGUUUACAUCCUCAACACUGACACAAGGCAACGACGUGAUGGAAACUGACUCGAUUCAAGAAGCGCUCAAAGAUUUUGACAAAAAAGCAAAGAAGGAGCCAUCCCCUCUUUUGGAACAGUUUUUAUGCCAUGUUGCCAAGACUGGACAGACCAUGGUUCAAUGGUCUCAAUUUAAGAACUACUUUCUGUUUAAACUAGAGAAGGUGAUGGAUGACUUCAAGGCAUCAGCACCUGAGCAAAGAGGCCCAGCAAAUCCUAAUGUGGAGUCGGUCCCAUUUGAAGAUAUGAAGGAGAGAAUCUUGAAGAUUGUGAAGGAAUACAAUGGGAUCCCGUUCACGAUCCAGCGCUUAUGUGAACUUCUCACAGAACCGAAGAGGAACUACACGGGAACAGACAAGUUUCUUCGUGGUGUGGAGAAGAACGUCAUGGUGGUAAGCUGCGUCCAUCCAACCUCAGAGAAAAAUGGAUGUAGCGCAGGCAACAGAAUGAAUGGAGUGAUGCUUCCAGGGAACAUGUCGGCUUUUACAGAGAGGAAGGCGAACGGUCCGGGAACUCCACGGCCUCUCAACAGACCAAAGUUGUCUCUGGCCAACUCGCUAGCAGCUAACGGUCUGCCUGACAGCACCGAUAACAAAGACCUCAGCACAGACGCCAGCGAGGUUUCGCCUUCAGAAGGCUCCACCCUGAAGAACAAACACUCAGACGAAGAAGAGGACAUGAAAGCUGAACACCAAGAAGUGAAGAGACUUAAAUUCAGCAAGGAGGAGGAUGAGGAUACACUGAGGCCUUCACAUAGCACCUGCCACUCUAAAGAAGCAGAAGCCAUGGUCCAGGAGGAGGAGGAGGAAGAGGAGGAGAAUGAAGGCUCCAGCAUUGCUGCUGCCUCUGAAGACCAAGAACCGACCAGCAGCACGCAGGCCCAGAUGUGCACCAGCUCGGGUCAGGAGGCGGAGCCAGCUGAGAGGGAAGUACCGUGUGGCUCGGAGGACGAGGGCAGCGACAUGGAUCAGACGGAGCAGCAGGCACCUGCCGGCGUCCUGCAGAGUCCCGAGACCUGCGGAGACGGGGACGAUGGUGGCAGCGACCCGGUCAGCAGCAGCUGCAGUAUACAGGAGGACAAGGAGCCGGCCGGGGCAGAUGUGGCCGUCGCUCCCUCCAGCAGUGUGACUCAACCUCCUCCAGGGGGCGCUGUCUCAAACACUGGGACCACUGAGGAACCGAUGGAGCAAGACUAGACUAAAGGCCACCCCUUCAGCCGCGUGUGAGCAUAAACCAGCUUGUCCUUGAGUCCAGCCUUACCGUCACUGGGAAUGAGGACAGAAGCACCUCAUACACAAGACGAACACCUCAUCCCACUUUUGGACACUCCCCCAAAAUGGCUGCCUGGCGCUGAUACGGGAAAACUUUUUUUUCUUUUACUGGAAUAUUUCAUGGGUCUUCAGAUUUUUUACAUACCCCUGCAUUCAGGGCCGUUUCUGCUGUUUGGAGGCUCUUGGUUGAAUUUUUGUCAUUUUUUUAUUGGGCUGGUUUGCAUACUGCGGUGGUCUGGAUUCACCCGGUCCAACCUGGGCAUGUGGUCUCUGUGCUACCAGAGGAGCCACACCCUCAUUAUUUCAUGAAGAGCCUCUGCUUUCCUGACCGAGUUCUGGUCCAGCAAUGACCUGGACCCGCCGUGUUCUACCUUACUUUGGUGUUUUAUUUCUCUGUUCUGUUGAGACGGGAGGAUUUAGUCUUAGACCACUUAUUUACACUACCGGUCCCAGAACCAGACCACAACACGCUACCUUGUAGAGACAUCCUCUGUAAAGCGAUGUUUCCGAUGCAUAAAACCAUAAUUUCUGAUGAUUUGAAAUCAGUCAGUACGUUUUGUUCUGUCUGCCAGUUGUAGUUCCUCAAACCAGCUGUUGGUACGAAGACGGCGUUCUUUGUAUUAUGACGUCACCACAUUGUUUCCGAGCAACGGCCGGAGUUUCUGGUUCUACGCCCGUUUCCGCAGCUGUACUUUUUGAUAUUUAGAAUUUUAAAUUUCUGUAGAUUUUUGUAGAUUGUAAUACGGUGUGUUCACUGCCUCUGUGGAAGCAUAUAUAAUUGUGUAUAAUCUGAAUGCUUCUGUUUUCAGUGUGGUAUUCAGAAACAGCAAUAAAUGUUAACAUUUUUA